AUGGCUCAUCGACGAAACGAGUCAGAGAACAUGGACAUCAACGACCGCGCACCCGAUGCCUUGGACUGGGAUGCGCUGAUCCCCCCGGUCAGCCCAUGGCCGGCCGUGGCGGGAUCACUGACCGCCAGCAUGCAGCAGGCUAUGCCCGCGAUUAUCGAGAACGCAGUGCGCGACGCCUUCGUCGAGACAGGGCUUUGGGCUAGUCCAAGAACAGUUGCUCCCUCCAUUGAGAGCCUUGUUGCUCGCGCGAUCACCGAGGCAGUGCCCGCUACCGUACGCCAGGCUUUGCGACAGGCCAGACCGGCCUUCGACACGGCAAGAAUCCCUUUCGACAUUGCGCAACCUGGCGCUGCAGCUGCCAACGUAACCGCACGCCAGGCCUUGCAACAGGCUAGACCGGCUUUUGAGACCGCCCUACAGCAGCAACAGGCUACACCCGCUUACGGGACAGGAAGAUUUCCCCUUACGUCUGCGCUCACAGGAGCUGCUGCAGCCCACGCUCCCUACCCGCCGCAGCAACAGGCUACACCCGCCUCCGUGGCAGGAAGACGUCCCCUCCCCUCUGCGCCCACAGGGGCUGCUGCCGCCACCGCAACCGACCUACCCCAGGAGGCAGUCCGACGGGGUGGUAGAAUGCAGAAAAACCGAACAUGCCCUGAGUGUGAUAAGGUUAUGACGCAUGGGGUUUGGUUUGACCACGUGAAACAGGCUCACAUAGGCAUCAGAUGCCUCUGGCCCGGCUGUACGACUCAAUCAGACUUUCCGGACGAGAAAGCUCUGCGCAGACACCUGAAGGACCACCGGAAAGCCGUCAUCGCCGACGCGCCCAUGCCUCCUGGCGGUGGCAAGCCUUGCGGCUGGCCGGGCUGCGAAAGAUCAUAUGGGAGCCUAGACCGAGCAGAGAGACACGUCACCGAGCACCAGGUGCUUCUUCGCCGAGCACAGGAUGCCAACCUGGAGAUGCAAUAUGCCGCCAACGAAGCAACGAAGGGCAUGACCGAGGGCGCGGAUGCGGCGGUUCCCGGCGGUGGCGUUGACCACGAAUGA